AGUUUUGGAGGUAAAAUGUUCCCAACUGCGCUUCGACUUAACCUUAUGUAUUCGGGAUUACUUGUAUGUUUCACGGAAGUUACUAAUGUAUAUCGAUGGACCAGAGUGCAUGUACAUUAGCUGGGUAGCUCAGUAGGUUAGCGUGUCGACAAUUGAUCUGUACAUCGUAGGUUCAAGUGUGGCAAGGAUUUUUGUUGUUGCUUUCUUCUAAAUCUGCAUCUUUAAAAAAUACUAGAUAAGGUAAAUUUAAAAGUUUUUAAUUUCAGAGCAUUAUUGUACACUUUCCCUCCGUAUCAGAUUUCCCUGGUGUGUUAUUCAUCCUCAACAGAACCCAGUCAUCUGAAACCAACAUAGUUUAAGAUUUUUUGGAUCUACCGGUGAAACGACAGAUUGUGAAGCAUUUGUUCUGCUCUGUUAGAACCAUGGAAGCCGGCCUAGACAACUGGGUGGACAUUUUCGUGGUUGUGCUUUACUUCGUAUUCGUCAUAUUGGUUGGAAUCUGGUCCGUUUGGCAAAAAGAGCGAUCAACCACACAAGGUUAUUUUCUGGCUGGAAGGGCAAUGCUAUGGUUUCCGAUCGGGGCCUCGUUGUUUUCUAGCAAUAUUGGAAGCGAGCAUUUCAUUGGUCUGGCUGGUAGCGGUGCAGCUAGUGGGAUCGCGGUGGUGGCCUUCGAAUGGGGAUCUGCCGUUUGUCUACUGUUACUUGGAUGGAUCUUCCUUCCAGUGUAUCUGACUUCCGAUAUCUUUACCAUUCCUGAGUAUCUUACCAGAAGGUUUGGGGGCAGAAGACUUAGAACUUAUCUCAGCUUACUACUUCAGUUUCUAAAUAUCAUCACUAAAAUAUCGGUGGACGUGUACGCGGGGUCAGUGUUUGUUCAGCAAGCCCUGGGGUGGAACACCUAUAUAUCUAUAGCCGCUAUCCUAGCAGUCACCGCCGCCUACACUGUGAUAGGUGGAUUGACCGCGGUCAUCUUUACGGACACUCUUCAGACCAUCAUCAUGCUGAUAGGUUCAAUGACGCUGUCUGUUCUAGCUUUCAUGAAGGUUGGAGGAAUCCAAGGACUUAUGGUAAAAUAUUUUCAAGCCAUUCCACGUCUUGAUGAUGUAGGGUUGACCAACACCAGCAUAGCCUACAAUGUUACCGAUGUACUCCACGCUAAUGUGACCAAAACGCUUUGCGGGCUGCCUCGUGCCGACGCGUUUCAUAUUCUGAGAGAUCCAAUUAGCUCUGAUCUUCCAUGGCCCGGAAUCUUGAUCAGAUCAACGUUUGUAUCGGUGUGGUACUGGUGUGCUGAUCAGGUCAUUGUUCAGCGAACGUUGGCCGCCAAAAGCAUAGCACAUGCCCGUGCUGCCACCAUUUUGGCAGGCUACCUGAAAUUAUUGCCACUAUUUCUGAUCAUUAUGCCCGGAAUGAUAAGUCGAGUGCUCUUUCCCGAGACUGUAGCCUGUGCUGACCCCGAGACGUGUUUGAGGGUCUGUGAUAACGCUGCAGGUUGCUCGAACGUCGCGUUCCCACAACUCAUUCUGGGAUUGGCACCCACCGGCUUACGUGGAUUGAUGGUCGCUGUUAUGGUGGCAGCAGUUAUGAGCUCCUUAACAUCCAUCUUUAAUAGCGCCUCCACUCUCUUCACCAUGGAUAUUUGGAAACGUAUCAAGAAACAAGCUAGCGAGAGAGAACUACUUAUUGUGGGCAAGAUAUUUGUCGUGGUAUUGGUGGGGAUUAGCAUUCUAUGGAUUCCGCUCAUCAAAGCCGCCCAACAAGGACAGCUCUUCCUGUACAUACAGGCCCUAACAGGAUAUGUGUCACCUCCAAUCUGUUCUCUGUUUUUGCUGGCCGUUUUCGUGCCAAGAGUCAAUGAACAGGGUGCUUUUUGGGGACUGUUGACUGGCCACAUUGUGGGGAUCACACGAAUGGUUCUGGACUUUGUGUACCCAUCACCUGGUUGUGGAAAAGAGGACAACCGUCCAGGGAUUGUCAAAGAUAUCCAUUUUACGUACUUCUCGGCCAUAUUAUUGGUGCUUGCUGCUGUUGUCAUUUUAUUGGUUAGCUUGGUGACUGAGAGUCCAGACAGAGAAGCGCUCCAGGGACUGACGUUCUGGACGUCUGAGUCAAUAAAGCCCAAACCCAAAGAGAAAGAAAGUAAAUCAACAAUGGAACAAGAAAACUUGGUGAUAAAAGCUCAAUUUGACAUGGAGGCGUCCUUUACUGUACUGGAUAAUCCUGAAACCAAACCAACUGCGGAUAGGGCCUGUAACCCAUCGGGAGAUACUAUUACAAAAACUAAACUUUACAUGGACAGAAAAACUAAUAUCUUCCUUAACAUCAACGCAUGUAUUCUCAUCGGUGUAUUUGUGUUCUUAUAUUGUCUCUUUGGGUAAUAAUUCUGCAAGGUUUAAAUGUUUAUUUUCAAGACAUGAUAUCGGACAUAGAUAUCAGCACUUUAUUUCAUAAUUACCUAUAGUAAGAUAACUCUUUUUACGAAGAAGGAAGGAAAAGUACAGUAAAGGGGGAUACAUUUACGAGUCUUCCCUUAACUUCAGAUUCUCUGUAGAACCUAAGCUAGUCAUUGGGACUUAUGUAAUAAACUAUUGAUGUACUUACCUGUAUAUGCCAUCUUGAUUUUGCUAAAUGUUUCAGGCACAACGUACUUUUUUCGUUACAAAGUCCGCAAAGUUAGAUGUUAUUGACUGGUUGUUCCCUUUUUAUAGUAGUGACAGUACUGAAUGGAAGAUUGAACAGAUGAAUUGAACCAUUAAACUCAAUGACGAGUCUGAGUUUGUUUACUUGUUUGUUUUGUUUUUAUUUUACAUUUUUGUUUGUUUUUUGUCAAGAAUUUUCAGGCAUUUAUGAAGUCAACAACUCCCCCGCCCCUUUUAAAAAGAUGUCUGUAUAAUGCUCUGAUUGAAGGACAAUAGUUCUUUGAUAUUAACUGGAAACGCUAGUCUAAUAUUUACAAGUUAAGCCAUAUUCACGAAACAUUAUGUAUAUUGUUUGAUACCUUUUGUUGAUUCACAGUAAAAGAUCUAGAGAACCCGUGGUUUAGUUAUAAAAUAUUCAAGACGCUAGUGGAGUUUUGUUUUAUAGUAAUUAGCUAAUACAAUAGUUGAAAUGCUACUUUUUGUGUUUUCUGUUAGUAUAUUUGUAUCUUCUUGGUGAUGAAUUUCACUACAUGUUUGAUUGCAAUUAUCUGAUGUAAGGAACGGUGGAGAUAACGAACAGCAAUCAAUCUCAUAACUCCUAUAAGGAAUACAAAAAAGAGAGUUGGACAAACACUGAUCCUUGGAUAUACCAAGGGUGAAAACAAUGUUUAUCACUAAAAGUGUAAUGAUUCACCGCGAUACAUCAAAACCGUGAUUCUGUAAUCGAUUCUCGAUACAAAACUAAGAAAAUACGGUUUGGGUCAAUAUAAACGAAUAAAAUAUGUACAAGUUAUCUAUUUACUUCCUUCAUCUUUUCAAUGACGCCUGUAAUUGGCUAUAGAAACAUCCAAUCAACACUCAGGUCACUAAAGCAAACAAGAUGGAGGGACAUGAUGACAAUCUAAUGUUCAAAGAUAUUACUAAUACGUGUUUCAUACCAAUAGUUAGGCCUUUCUUGACAUAAUGAUUUUGACUACGGAUUACUCCAUAUACCUGAUCAAGAUAUAGGGCUCAUGGUGGGUGUGACUGAUGACAGGGGAUGCUUAAUCCUUCUAGGCACCUGAUCCCACCUCUAGUAUAUCCAGAGGUCCGUGUUUGCCCAGCUCUCUUUUUUGUAUUCCUUAUAGAAGUUAUGAUAUUGAUCACUGUUCAUUAUCUUCACCUUUCAUCAAAUCCGAAAACAUGUCAAUUUUGUUUUGAUCAUUUGCUAUAAUCAUGUACUGAGUACUGUUAAGUGAUUAAACAACUUUCUGAGCCAAA